GCCUGUACGUAGAUAACAUCUUGGAGACAAACCUGCCCCGACUGGCGUUUGUGUUCAUUCCUAUCACCGGCCUCUUCCCGACACACAUGGUGCAUGCUGUCAGACACCUGGAGACUUUGGGUGUGCGCUGUGUCAACACCUCACAGGCCAUGAUGGUGUGCCGGAACAAGUUCCACCAGAUGCAGAUUCUGUCCAAACAGGGCAUUCCCAUGCCGGACACGGUGACCUAUGCUACUCUGACGUCACACGGACUCCGUGACGCCGUCAAUGCACCCCACAGUGUGACGUUUCCUGUUGUUUUGAAGAAUCCCAAUAGUAGUAAAGUACGAUGGAAAUUAUAGAAGGAGACCAGGAUCUAAAGACAAGAGCCCUACAGAUAACAGAGCUGUUGGGUUUGGACAUUGCGGGGCUUGAUUUCCUGGAGGAUGCAAGUGGAGAGAGACUUUUCAUAGAAGCAAAUGCAAACCCGUCUAUGAAGUUGAAAUAUCCCAAGGUCGCUGAGGCCAUCGCCGAAUACUGUGUUGAUGCUCUGAAGAAAAUGGAAGUCGUUGAAAAGUAGAAUAAGACUCUGGUCAGUAUCAAUAUAUUUGGACAAUUUUGUAUUUAUCUGAAAAAAAUGUAUAUCCGUUACUUACAAAGGUCUCUCUCUCACU